AUGACGGCGGGCGACGACGAGAGCGCGCUCGAAGGACAUACAGCGACACCGGACAGCUUGACGGAGCGCGCGGUAACGACAGACGCGUCCGCUGAAGCGCCCUGCGGCAACUCCGGCUCUUCCUCGCCUCCUCCCACGACCCACACACCACCCGCUCGAUCCCUCUCACUCGACACGACGUCGCUCCCGCCGCCGAGCGCGCCACGCAGGUCCAGCCAGCAGUACGCGCGGAAGGCAGAGCUCGCGCCGCCCAUCGACCUCGCGACUCUCGUCCGACCGGCCCACAACAGCGCCGAGUACUCGCCUCUCGAAGCACCGCGGCUACCGUUCUCCAGCCGGCGCACGUCGACCUCGAGCGCGUCUUCAGGUUCACACUCGCCUCGGCAAACCCACUCGCGCGCGUCCUCGUCCUCCAGCCUCGGCGAACAGGCGCGACUCGCGCGGGUCGAGCUUGCAGGACGAUCGACGCACGUCUCCUCCGGUUCAGCCGGACCAGCAGCCAGUGCUCGCUCGACAGUCGCAGAGACCGGGGGAAUGAGGCGCGCGUACGGCGGGGCGGACUUGAACGAGUCCGCGCAGGAGCAGCUCCUUGACGAGCCCGAGCGGGCCAAGGGCUAUGCGGAUCCGUACGCGUGGGAGAGGCCUUUGGAUGCGGUCAACAGGUACUCGCGACUGCUCGAUGCUUCACCCGUCACUGCGCCCUCGGUCGACAGCCGCCGCCUGUCACGACUACCGCCAGGCGUCUCGAUGCUCGACCCGUUCGGCUUCAACCUGACGAACGACGCCUCGCCCUACGACCUCGCGCUCUCGGCCUCACAAGCGGGACUCGCGGCAGGAAUCACUUCACCCGCCCGCUCGUCUGUCCGCGCCAGCUACAUCGGCUCCCCAGCCGUCUCUUCUACGCCAUCCCUGUCUCCCUACCCUUCAACAUCGAGCACCUCAUCCCUUCCUACGACUCCCUCCCUCUCGCCCGCUCCCGAAGGCUCAUUCGCGCCCGGCGCUCAGCCGUGGCUGAAACCCCGCGCUUCGAGUGCUGGCGAGCAGGGAAUGGGGCACAACAGGUCGCAGGUGCGGAAUGGGCUGCUUGCGGCGCCGAAUGGAUAUGCGAGUCCGAGGCAGGCGUACGGGCGGAGCAAGUUGUCGGGCGAGAUCGAUGCGGAUGCCAUGUCUGUCGCGUCCACCUCGAAACGACAGCCUCAGUCCGACAUCCCCGGCGUUCCCACAGACGCCGACUACCUCAACUCGAAGCUCUACCAGCGUACGAUGAAGGCGCAGAAGGCGCUCGAGAAGGAGCGCGCAAAGGCGGCGGCGAAGGGCAAGAUUUCUCGCUACGACUCGUCCGGUCCGGCGAGCAAGUCGACCAGCUCGCUCUCGUCGACGCUUGGCGGGUUUGGCGGACUCGGCGGGAUGCGGAGACGGAGUGGCGAGAGCACGAGGCCGCCCAGCAUCAUGUCUGCGGCGGGCGUGUCGGGGACGGCGUCGGCGCGGAGAGGCGGCAGGAAGGGACUUGGGUGGUUCCGCUCGAGCAGCGAGGCUGCGCUCGGACUCGGCUCGUCGACGUCGCCGAGUGAAGAGAUCGAGGGCUCGAUACCCGCGAGCAAGAGCUCGUCGCAGAUCUCGAUGCAGGCUGGGCGGUACGGAGCCGGUAGCAGCAGUCCUCGUCGUGGCGUGUCGCCGAACGGCUUCGCCCCUACGCCGACCAUGCCGCCUAGCCCGAACUUGCCGAGCGAAGCGACGUUGCGUGCGAUGGGCGUUUCGACGGACCAGCUUAGGGCGGCCGCGCAGGCACCGCAGUCGGCGCAGCGCCCCAAGUCUGGCUCGAGGCAGAACAGCAGCGAGAAGAGGAGCCCUGCGGGGAGUGCGCUCGGUACGCCUGUUGGGCCGCCUAGUCCAGGGCUGGAACAGGCGGCAGCACCGUCGCGUCCCGCUCGCCCGCCUCCUUCGCGCUCUGCCACCCUCGAACCUCCGCCCGCAAUUCCUUCGCCUUCCCUCACUCCUCCACCUACCGCCUCGGCCGCGUCUGCGAACGGCCACCCGCCUCAUCCGCCGUCUCUUUCCACCAUUCCGCCUCGUCUCGCCUCUCGCACCGCUCUUCCCGCCAACGUCCCUCUCCCCGCUUCAGUCUCGCCUACUCGCUCCGCUUUCCCUGCCCCAGCACAGGGUGAACCGCCUCUCGCCCCUCUCCCGCUGGACAACUCGCCGACAAUGACCAGUCCUCCAAGCCGUCUUCCGCCUCCCGUUCCCCUCCCCCAGCCGCCUUCAGCGCAGCAGGCCACGCUCGCCUCUUCGUUGCGUGCCACAUCCUCCACCGCUUCUCCCGCCGCCACCGCACGAUCGGAACCCGCCGCCGACGAGUCUCUCGCACCUCCAGUCCAAGUCAAACGGCGCAAGAGCGGCUUCGGGCUUCUGUUUGGCGGUUUCGGUGGCGGUUCAGCGUCAUCGCAGCGGAAUAGCGCUCAGUCGGAUACGCCGAGCGGGCGAAAAGCGAGCCCGACCCCGUCUUCCACGACUUCGGUACGACAGGGCGCGGAGGGCGAGGCAGCUCGGGAGAAGGAGCGUAUGCUGAAGCGGAUAGGCGAGCGACAGCAGGAGCAGGAGCAGGAGCAGAGGUCAAAAGCGGCGCUCGGAUCCAGCACGAGCUCGAAGAGCGACGCCAAGCUUGUCAAGGAGCGCACAGGUGGCGGAGGAAGCGGCUUCUUCGGCCGCAAGCCGCGCCUGUCGAACGCACCGGCUCCAAGCGCUGCGAUGGCGCCGCCGCCUCCGAAGGGUGCGAUGGCACCCGCGGCACCGCCUGCCAGGCCGAAGAAGGACGACGCCUCCUUUUUCCACCCCUCCCAAGCGAUCUACCCCUCGCGCGAAGCCUCUUCAGCAUCUCAACCGGCCUCGCCGCAAGUCGCUCAGCAGGGCAUUCGCGCCGUGAACCCCUCGCCUCGGGUCCCGCAACAAGCGACCGCCCCGCCCAGCGCCAACUCGUCCGACUCUUCCGCCACGUUCGCCAGCCUCAGCUCGUCCGCCUCGACUCUUCCACCUCGCGGCCAAGCCGCCUUCCCGAGCGCUGGCGAGAUGUCGCCUCAGCACAAGAAAGGCGCAUUCGCCUCGCUCUUCUCGUCGUACGGCAGCAUUCGCGGCAGGGCCAAGUCGACGCCGACAGCUCCUCCUGCAUCGUCGCUGAGCUCGAAGGCCCAGUCGAACGGCUACCCGACGGACGACAAGGUUCUGCCGGUCCUCCCACCGCCAGCAGCGAACGGGCUUCUCAAGAAGCCGCCUCGCGGCCAGUCGCUCGGAACUGCUGGACAGCCCCAGGCGAACGGUCAGGCUGGUAUGCUCGCCCACCAGAAGCCGUACGCGACAUACGCGUGA